AUGGCGUUCCUUUUUGGGAGAACACGGGCAAGGACAAAUAUACUAGAUCUGUCGAAGCAGGCGAGGGACCAUGUGACGAAGCUGGAGGGGCCGCAGGGGGCUGCGAAGGCCGAGGAGUUGGCAAAGGUACUCGCGCAAAUGAAACAGAUUCUUCAAGGCACACACGUAGAUGCCGAGCCGAGCACAGAACAGACCUACCAACUCGUAACCGGCAUGAUCGAAGAAGACCUGCUCUACCUCCUCGCCAAACACCUGCACCGCCUGCCCUUCGAGUCUCGCAAAGACACCCAAGUGAUAUUCUCCUACAUCUUCCGCUUCCGCCCACCAACGGGGCCCCAGCAGCCCGAGCCGCUCGCCCUCGCCUACGUCGUUGAACAGCGUCCGCAGGUGCUAGCGGAACUAUGCAGGGGGUACGAUCACAAGGAGAGUGCGACGCCAGCGGGCACGGUUCUCAGGGAGGUGCUGAAGAACGAGGCGGCCGCGGCGAUUAUACUGUAUGAUGAUGGGCCGGAGCCUGGGUCGUCGAGUGAGCAUGGGGUGGCGGGGAUCAACCCGGAUCGGCCACAGAGUGGGAGGGGUGUGUUUUGGCACUUUUUUGAUUGGAUUGAUAAGAGCUCUUUUGAGGUGAGCGCGGAUGCGUUUACGACGUUCAGGGAACUCAUCACCAAGCACAAAGACCUAGUGCCGCGGUACUUGGCCGUAAACUUUGACCUCUUCUUCGACCGAUACAACAACAUCCUGGUCCAGUCGAACAGCUAUGUAACAAAACGGCAAUCCAUCAAGUUGCUAGGCGAAAUCCUUCUGGACCGCGCCAACUACAACAUCAUGACGGCGUAUGUCGACCGGGGCGAGCACCUCAAAAUUUGCAUGAAUCUCCUGCGUGACGACCGCAAGAUGGUGCAGUAUGAAGGGUUCCACGUCUUCAAGGUGUUUGUUGCGAACCCGCACAAGUCGGUGCCGGUGCAAAAGAUUCUGAUUAUGAAUCGGGACAAGCUGCUGCAGUUCCUGUCACAUUUUCUGGAAGAUCGGACCGAGGAUGAGCAGUUCAUCGAUGAGCGGGAGUUUCUGAUCAAGCAGAUUCGUCUUUUGCCGCCUGCCCCUGUGCCACCAGUACAGCGGUAG